CCAGCUCCAAAAUUUAAGUUUCAAGAGAAUGAAAAAGUUCUGUGUUUUCACGGACCGCUUCUUUAUGAGGCCAAGUGUAUCAAAGCGCAGGUCAGUUCACGAAUACCGGUAAUAGACAUUCGACCAUGUACGAACCGUUACUGCUUUAUAAUUAUUUUAUUGGUCAGCAACGUCAAAUUAGCUGCAUUAGUCUGUAUAGAUCUGUGUUCGAUGGAAAAUUGCUACCUUCACUUGUUGAAAAAAUUACGUGCUUCUGAAAAAAACAUUCAAGUACCACCCGGGCAAGACAGAAGAUCGCGCCAAAACAGUUGUGUGUGUGUAGACGGUCGGGGUGUAAGGUGAAAGACAAAGUAAAUAAAUACUUUGUCCAUUAUUCUGGCUGGAACACCAAAUGGGACGAGUGGGUACCAGAAAGUCGUAUGCUGAAGGUAAAUGAUGCUAAUCUUGCGAAACAGGCAGAUUUACAAGCUGCCCAGCUUAAGGCUCGGAAAGAAAGUGGUAAAAGGAAAAGCUCAAUCGGGGGUGCUGCUACCAGGGAUGAGCGACGAGACUCUGCAACUCCGACGGGAAAGGAAAAAGAUUCUGCUAUAGGAAGAGGCAAAGACUCAGCCGACAAGAAAGAGAGACCAUCUACCACUGGUUCGAGAAAACGCGAUAGCACUUCAGCUGCCAGGGAAAAAGGAUCAUCUUUGGGAGCCACUAGUUCUGAAGAGCCCAAGAAAAAAAAAGCGAAGAUUGAUGCCCAUGUAGAAACGGAAGAGCAUUAUAUGCAAAAGGUCGAAAUACGCAUAAAAAUUCCGGAUGAUCUUAAGAAUCGACUUGCUGAUGAUUGGGACCUUGUAUGUCGGCAAAGAAAACUUGUCAAAUUACCUUGCGAAUAUACCGUGGACAAGAUCCUUCAGGAGUACCUUACGCAAAAGAUCUCGGUGAAGGGCACAACUUCUAGCAAGGAGUCAGCUAUCACCGAACUAACAGGAGGAAUUCGAGAUUACUUCAAUUCUAUGUUAGGCAAACAUUUGCUUUACAAAUUUGAGCGCCCGCAGUAUGCCCAGGUGCUGGAAGAACAUGGCCUAGAUGCAAAGAUGUCGGAGAUUUACGGCGCUGUUCACUUACUGCGGAUGUUCUCCCUUCUUGGCCGAUUCCUCGCUUACACGGCUCUUGAUGAGAAAGCCGUUCAGCUGUUGCUAUCGCACCUGCAUGACUUCCUUCGUUACAUCUGUCGCAAUGCACAAUACUGUAACAUGUGCGAAUAUGCCGUCGCGUUGCCUGAUUAUCACCGGCGGGCGAUGUAGAAUUCAUAAUGUAAACAUUAUACAUAUACAUAACUAAGUAUAUAUACAGCAGAGGUGAUAGCAUGCUGACGGCCAGGUAAUUCUAGGGUACCGAUGGUAUUAGACACGUCGACAAUUAGUUCUAAAAUUGUGUGGGUUGUAUGACAGUAACCAUAGUUAUUGAUGGAUUACUCAAAUAUAAUGAAUGAGGCUGACAGAAGUGUAACCGUUAUAAGGCAGCAUGACGUGCUAGCUUGCAAACCUGGUCCGUCCGGCGAAACGAUUCAUGGAGUUUAUUCUAACUGCUGUUUGCGUCUUGCCAAGUAAAUAACAACCUUUGAAAUCUCCAGUGUUCGCUUAGGUAGUUAACUGUCAGUCACACAUAUUUUACCAUCCUCAAAAUUUGGAACAAAUUUAAUAUAUUUUUAAAGAUGCUGUUAUGUUGCUAGAGAAAGUCGCUCGAAUUCGAAAAACAAUAAGUAGGCUCAAGAGAGAUUAAUUUCUUAUAUCUCCACAUAAAAAUCACCUGUGGAAUCUUGAAGAGCUAAAACUGCAUGCGCCAAUUUUCGUACAAUUUAGGUCAUAUCUAUACACGUAUAUACGAACUUAUCGAUCACGUAAACAUAUCCCUUCUGUUAAUUUUGGAAAUACUUAUUUCUAGUUUGGUGGUUGCCUUGGCAAAACACUGAACAACUUGGCAAAACGUGUUCUUGUGAACUGCACUGUUGUAUAUUGGUAACUAUGAAAUGGAGAGUGUAUUUGGAAAAUGCACACCUGUAUACAGAAAAUAUCAUAUUGUAGUUGAGACAUACUCAACGACCUCGAAACCAUUGUGUGUCAUAUGUACAUAAAUUCGGCUAAUCCAAAGAAGAAUUAGCCGACCGUUGAUGGCAGAUU